AUGAAGCUCUCGCAUGACGUUCUCGAGGCUCUCUUGUUAGCCCUCCCAUAUCAUAAUGACGUUAUCAAUGUACCUGAGCCAGAGCCUUGUAUGGCUCAGGGAGUCAUGCUGAACCUCAUCCUCCUCCUGAUUUUCUGCCUCUCUGCUGUGGACAGCCAGUUCCCACGAGUCUGCACUACAGAAGCCGCCUUUCUCACCAAGAGUUGUUGUCCACUUUGGAAGGACAAAAGUCCUUGUGGUUCUUUGUCAGGCCGAGGAAGAUGCAGAAACUGGUUGACUUUUACGGGGAAAGAAGUUCUGCAAAACGAUGAUCGUCUAGACUGGCCAAGACACUAUUAUGAAAAUACUUGUGAGUGCCAUGGAAACUUCAGCGGCUUUGACUGCGGCGACUGUAAAUUUGGACUUCAUGGAGAGAAAUGUGAGCGGAAGAAAGAGAUUGUGCGGCGGGAGCUGCGGGAACUGACCUUUUUAGAGCAGAAAAGAUUAUUCAGUUACUUGGCUCUGGCAAAGACCACAAAAAGCCGCGACUUUGUUAUCCUGAGUACUGGAGACCGAUUCCACCGCCAGACCUAUCGCUUUGUAGAUGCCUCUUUAUACGAUGUCUUUGUGUGGAUGCAUUAUUACUCUAUGAAAGCCAUCCUGAGAAACAGUACAUUUGACCCAAAUAAAAACUUUGCCCAUCAAGGCCCAGUAUUCCCCGGAUGGCAUCGUCUAAACCUCCUCUUCCUGGAGAGACAAAUUCAGCUGAUGACGGGAGAUGAGGACUUUGCUAUUCCAUACUAUGACUGGCGAGGAGAGAAGAACUGCUCCAUCUGCACUGAUGAUCUAUUGGGCACCAAUGAUGCUCAGGGUGUCCUCAACCCAUAUUCCCAUUUCUCUUUCUGGAAGGCCGUCUGCAGUGGGUUUAAUUUCCCUGAUGAAUAUUGUCCAUUGGCUGAUCUGGAACAGAAAAUGGAAAGACUUCAUAGGAAGCCAGGAGCUACUCCAUACGCUCCCAAUCUGCCGUCCUUCCAAGAUGUGGAGAACAUCCUGAAACUGAGCAACUUUGACACCCCGCCGUUCAAUGAAACCUCUUUACUCAGCUUCAGAAAUGCGCUGGAAGGGUUUUUGUCACCAGAUGGGGUGACAUUGCGAAGAAGCAUGCACAACCUGGUCCACAUCUACCUAGGAGGAACCAUGUCUCAGAUCCCCAUCUCUAGCAAUGACCCCAUCUUCAUUUUUCAUCACAGCUUUGUCGAUAAAAUCUUUGAAACGUGGAUAACCAGAUAUGACGCAUCGCCGACUUUAUAUCCUGACAACAGUGAGGUUGGCCAUGGUCCAGAGGACUGCGCCACACCGUAUUUCCCAUGUUAUAAGAAUAGAGAUCUCAUCCACAAGUCAAUGACAUUCGGGUAUCAGUAUUCCUCCUUCCCACUGAAAUAG